AUGAUUGGUGCCUGGGCGCAGGCAUCCUGGCUGCCUGCCACUCCGCUAGGCUCCCCUGGGCGCCGUUGUGCCAACACAAGGCGUCCGAGCCUCCAGUCGAGUGAGGCUGCAAUCGACCCCGCUGGAGGCUGUGCUGUCCGCACUCCGAUUGCGAACGAUGCAUGGGUACGAAAUUCACGACACUCGACAUGCGCUCGGCGGCCGUGGCCCACUAUGGAAGGGCUCGGCAUUGCGGCCAAUGUCAUCGCGGUCGUGGACCUGUCCGUUAAAGUCACUGACUGGUGUGCCGAGUACUGCAAGUCCGUCAAGAAUGCCAAGGAUGACAUUGUCCGAUUCCGCCUGGAAGUGAUCGGGCUCCUGACUGCUGCGAAUGGCGUCAAGGAGCUACUGGCUGGGCCAAGUAGGGAAAGACUCAAAGCAUCGCAGCAGCUAUGCAACUCCGUCCAGCACUCCGAGUCCGAACUCCAAGCGGUGUACGAGCGGCUUCGCCCAACGUCGGCACGUGAGAUAUUUACACGGCUUGGGCUCCGAACCCUUAGAUGGCCGUUCCAGGGCAAAGAAGUCGAAAAGAUCAUGCAAAGCAUUGCGCGAUGCACGCAGGCGAUCAAUCUUGCCCUGCAAGUCGAUCAGACGUACGAAGGUCUGGCCAAAACUACGACUGUGGAGACUGUGCUCAAUCGACUCGAGUCUGAAGUUGCCAAGGGUGCUUCAUUCGACUCUCGCGCUGAGGAGCAUCAUGCGACAUGCCUACAGGAAACUCGUGUCGACCUCCUGCAACAAGUAUCAGAGUGGGCUCACGAUCCUAGGGCCGAGGAUGUUUUUUGGCUCAACGGCAUGGCGGGUACUGGAAAGUCGACCAUAGCUCGGACAGUCGCCCGUGAUCUAGCCCACAAUCAUCGUCUUGGCGCUAGUUUCUUCUUCAAGAGAGGCGAGACUGAUCGAGCCGGCAUGUCCAAGCUUUUCCCUACGCUUGCAGCCGACUUGGCGAGUAACAUACCCACGAUUGCUCCGCAUUUGAAGGACGCCAUUGAAACUUGCCCCGGCAUCCUGAGAAAGUCGGCACAUGAGCAGUUUGACAAGCUCAUCCGGCAGCCGCUUUCAAUGCUUGCCUCUGAUUCGUCGAGUCCAAUACCCAUCGUCGUCCUCGACGCGCUGGAUGAAUGUGAGGAUGAAGAAGACAUCAAGUUGAUGUUUCGUCUCUUGUCCCGUGCCGCAAAGGGGCAGUCGGCGCGACUGAAGGUGUUUCUAACAAGCAGACCAGAGUUGCCAAUACGGCUCGGCUUCAAAGGAAUGGAUGGCAAGUAUCAAAACUUGAGGCUUCAUGAGAUAUCGCAACAUGUGAUCACCCAUGACAUAACAAUCUUUAUCCAUGAGGAGCUGCAGAGAAUCCGACGCGAGUACAAUUCGACGGUCCGGGAGGAGCGACAGCUAUCGGGUGGAUGGCCAGGCGCCUCCGAAUUGGUAACUCUUGUUCACAUGGCAAUCCCUCUAUUUAUUGUCGCUGCCACCGUGUGCCGUUUUAUCGGUGAUCGGAGGCUUGGAUCACCCGACAAACAACUUACCAAGGUCCUUCUUCGAGCAAGUGUAGAAGGCUCACAACUUGCUGCAACGUACCUCCCUGUUUUGGAAAACAUGGUCGAUGGGAGGACCUUACACCAAAGAGAGGAAAGUGUACGAGCGUUUCGAAUUAUUGUCGGUGGCAUUGUCGUCCUUGCGAGCCCCCUAUCAGUACCAGCACUAGCCCAAAUUCUCGGUGUCUCCAAAGAGGACAUUGAAGACAAAUUGGACAUGCUACACUCAGUACUCAGUAUCCCGGAAACGGCAGAGGCACCAGUACGGCUGCUUCAUCUAUCCUUUCGCGACUUUCUAAUGGAACCAGGUCAACGAGCAGAGAAUCCGUUUUGGGUAGACGAGAAAGAGACCCACCAGGUGAUGGCGGCGCACUCCCUGCGUGUGCUUGAAUGCCUGCAGCAAGACAUGUGCGAUAUCAAAGCUCCUGGGACGUUUCGGUCGGCUAUCGGACAACAUAGAAUUGAGGCCUCUAUUCCGCCAGCUGUUCAAUAUGCCUCUGUGUACUGGGUCUAUCACUUGCGGAACGGAGGCGAGCCUUCUCGCCAUUGCCGCCAGGUCAUGUCCUUUUUGGAGCGCCAUUUCCUCCAUUGGAUAGAAUCAUUAAGCCUCAUAGGCAGAUCCAGGGAGAGCGUCCAUCUUGUUGGGGCAUUGCAACUACUCUACAAGGUUCGCAGUGACGACGGGCACAAAGAACUGGCUGAAUUCCUUGAUGAUGCAAUGCGUUUCAUCCAAGCAUAUAGUUUCGCCAUCGAGAACACGCCACUUCAAGUGUAUUCCUCCCUCCUUGUCUUUUCGCCAAGCAGGAGCAAAAUUCGCGCUACAUUCGGAAGCCAGAUCCCGCGAUGGAUAUCUCUACGGCCGACGGUAAAUGACAAUUGGGGACUAUGCAUGCAGACGCUCGAGGGCCAUGAUGACCUGGUCAGCUCGGUGGCCUUCUCGAUCGAUUCGACGCUCGUGGCGUCGGGCUCUCACGACAAGACGAUCCGGCUCUGGCGCGUGGCCACGGGCGAGUGCGUGCAGACGCUCGAGGGCCAUGACCAAUCGGUCAGCUCGGUGGCCUUCUCGAUCGAUUCGACGCUCGUAGCGUCGGGCUCCCACGACAAGACGAUCCGGCUCUGGCGCGUGGCCACGGGCGAGUGCGUGCAGGCGCUGGAGGGCCAUGAUAACUGGGUCAGCUCGGUGGUCUUCUCGGCCGAUUCGGCGCUCGUGGUGUCGGGCUCUCACGACAAGACGAUCCGGCUCUGGCAUGUGGCCACGGGCGAGUGCGUGCAGACGCUCGAGGGCCAUGGCCACCCGGUCAGGUCGGUGGCCUUCUCGAUCGAUUCGACACUCGUGGCGUCGGGCUCUUGGGACAAGACGAUCCGGCUCUGGCGCGUGGCCACGGGCGAGUGCAUGCAGACGCUCGAGGGCCAUGAUGACCUGGUCAGCUCGGUGGCCUUCUCGAUCGAUUCGACGCUCGUGGCGUCGGGCUCUCGCGACAAGACGAUCCGGCUCUGGCGCGUGGCCUCGGGCGAGUGCGUGCAGACGCUGGAGGGCCAUGGCCACCCGGUCAGCUCAGUGGCCUUCUCGAUCGAUUCGACGCUCGCAGCGUCGGGCUCUUGGGACAAGACGAUCCGGCUCUGGCGCGUGGCCACGGGCGAGUGCGUGCAGACGCUCGAGGGCCAUGAUAACUGGGUCAGCUCGGUGGUCUUCUCGGCCGAUUCGGCGCUCGUGGUGUCGGGCUCUCACGACAAGACGAUCCGGCUCUGGCGUGUGGCCACGGGCGAGUGCGUGCAGACGCUGGAGGGCCAUGAUAACUGGGUCAGCUCGGUGGUCUUCUCGAUCGAUUCGACGUUCGUAGCGUCGGGCUCUCACGACAAGACGAUCCGGCUCUGGCGUGUGGCCACGGGCGAGUGCGUGCAGACGCUCGAGGGCCAUGAUAACUGGGUCAGCUCGGUGGUCUUCUCGAUCGAUUCGACGUUCGUAGCGUCGGGCUCUCACGACAAGACGAUCCGGCUCUGGCGCGUGGCCACGGGCGAGUGCGUGCGGACACUUAAGGCUGGGUUUACUUCGUUCCGCCUGUCUUUCGGCCACGGCAAGUCAAGUUUGAUGACCGAUUGUGGUGCAAUUGCCACACAAGUGGAGGCAUCUGAAUGUUGUCUGACUGACGCUGUCGCCAAUGCAACGGAUGUUGUUUACUCCUUAUUCGGCAUCAGCGAAGAUCAGACCUGGAUCACAUGGACUGGAAAGAAGUUGUUCUGGCUGCCCAAAGAAUAUCGGCCCUCCGCCUCUGCAGUAUCUGGGUCUAACAUCGCGAUUGGCUGCCGGAGGGGUUGCGUAAAACUCAUUGGAUUUUCGCAUCAAGGUCUCUCACAGAAAUUCACGGAUCAAGGAGAGUGA